UUAUCAGUUGCAGGGACUAAAGAGCGAAAAAAAGAAAAAGAAAAAAAAAACAUGGCAUCCUGUCAACUCCUUGUUCCUUGUUCUUCUUCUUCCUUGAGAAGCAGUUUCAAGCUAAACCCACAUCAACAUGGCUCUUCUUCUUUCAAACCAAAACUUCACUUCAAGAAACCACCGACAACUCUUGUCAAUUCCACCAAAAAACAAAUGGAGAUAGUUUAUGACCCUGAUGAAAGGAUAAACAAGUUGGCUGAUCAAGUGGACAGGGAUGCUCCUCUUUCUAGGCUCACUUUGUUCUCACCCUGCAAGAUUAAUGUUUUCUUGAGAAUAACAAACAAAAGAGAAGAUGGGUUUCAUGAUUUAGCAUCUCUCUUUCAUGUAAUUAGUUUAGGUGAUACUAUUAAGUUCUCUUUAUCACCAUUGAAAACUAAGGAUCGUCUUUCAACAAAUGUGCCAGGAGUUCCUCUUGAUGAUAAAAAUUUGAUAAUUAAAGCCCUUAACCUUUAUAGAAAGAAGACUGGCAGUGACAACUUCUUUUGGAUUCACCUUGAUAAACGUGUGCCUACUGGAGCAGGACUUGGCGGUGGAAGCAGUAAUGCUGCAACUGCACUUUGGGCAGCAAACCAAUUCAAUGGUGGUGCUGCCACUGAGAACGAGCUUCAAGAAUGGUCAAGUGAGAUUGGUUCAGAUAUUCCCUUCUUUUUCUCCCAUGGGGCAGCUUAUUGUACUGGUAGAGGUGAGAUUGUUCAAGAUAUUCCUCCACCCAUACCUUUGGAUGUUCCUAUGGUUCUCAUAAAGCCUAGGGAGGCAUGUCCCACAGCUGCAGUGUAUAAGAAACUUCGGCUAGAUCAAACCAGUAAGGUUGAUCCUUUAAUAUUGCUGGAGAAGAUCUCAAGGAAUGGUAUAUCUCAAGAUGUUUGUAUCAAUGAUCUAGAAGCCCCAGCAUUUGAAGUUCUCCCAUCUCUUAAAAGAUUAAAACAGCGUAUAAUUGCUGCCAGCCGAGGACAAUAUGAUGCUGUUUUUAUGUCUGGGAGUGGUAGCACUAUUGUUGGCAUUGGUUCAACAGAUCCUCCACAGUUCGUCUAUGAUGAUACUGAUUACGAAGAUGUGUUUUUGUCGGAGGCAAGUUUUAUCACUCGUGAAGAGAAUCAAUGGUAUGGUGAAUCGAAUUCAAUGAGUGCCUCUUGCCAACCACCGGAGUUUUCCAGAAGUAUGGGGUGAUGUAUCCUUGUGGAAAAUAUAGAAAUAAAUCAUUUUAGUUUAUUUCAAUCAUUGUUGCUAUAUGUAUUUCAGGAUGAAAUGUUGACUUUUGUUCGGCUUAGAAACGUUGAGUUUUCAUAUUGUAGAAUAGCAUAGUACGAAUGAGCCAAAUUGACAAGUGCAUAUAAUUUCAAUGUUAACAGUAUUUUAUGUGAAUUUCAUUUCAAUU